UCUAAAAAAUACAUGCUUCUUACCAGGCCAAAGGGAGGGUGUUUCCUCCUCUGGGGUCUGCAGGAGAAUUCCCUAUAGUAGUGAGCUGGCUUCCUCACCGCGCGCCCCAUUCUGUACGUUCGCUCUUCCUGUCCAACCUCUCAUCCCACUCAUCAGCCUCAAGCGCGGGGCUCUGGCAUACCAUACAGGUACUCAUGCUGUCUGGGUGAGUCAGGGAGCUGGAUGCCAGCUUGUGCACAGCCCCACCAGCAGAGCUGCGUGGGAGGCUGCGAGGGAAAGUUCCCAGCAGCAAGUGUGUUGGAACAGGGGGCCAGGGGUAGGACUGUCCAUGGAUAGGGCAGGUUGUGCAAGGGCGGGCAUCUGAAGGAAGAUGGCAACUCCUGUCAAUACCUGCUGUUUAGGGGACAGGCUAACAAGGUUUCAAUAACCUCCAGGGCAAACCUCCCAAAGCUGAGGAACCAAGGCUCUGAUAGGGAGCGGUGAAUAGGAGGAGCGCUGAAGACGGGCUCGGACCUCAGGCACAUGCAGAGGACACGGAGCGUGGACAGCAUCCAGUUCCUGCCUUUUCUCACCACGGAUGUCAACAACCUGGGCUGGCUGAGUUAUGGAGUCUUGAAGGGAGAUGGGACCCUCAUCAUCGUCAAUACCGUGGGGGCUGUGCUUCAGACUCUUUAUAUCCUGACAUAUCUGCACUACAGUCCUCAGAAGCAUGCUGUGCUCCUGCAGACCGCAGCCCUGCUGGGGGUCCUGCUCCUGGGUUAUGGCUACUUUUGGCUUCUGGUGCCAGACCUUGAGGCCCGGCUCCAGCAGCUAGGCCUCUUCUGCAGCGUCUUUACCAUCAGCAUGUACCUCUCACCAUUGGCUGACCUGGCCAAGAUCAUUCAGACUAAAUCGACCCAGCGUCUCUCUUUCUCACUCACCAUUGCCACCCUCCUUUCCUCCACCUCCUGGUCCAUCUACGGGUUUCGACUCAGAGACCCUUACAUCACGGUACCCAACCUUCCAGGAAUCCUCACCAGCUUGAUCCGCCUUGGGCUUUUCUGCAAGUACCCCGCAGAGCAUGACAGGAAAUACCGACUUCUGCAGACCUGACCACAGCCAUCUUAGGGCCAACGUGAUACCAAAAAGAGCUCUUGUUUCUGCUGGUCCUCCUGACCAAUUCCAUGGAUGCAAUGGGUUGUGAGAAAAAAAGCUGAUUUUGAAAAUAGAGGGAUCAAGGAAAGACCUUUACGUAGAUCGGAUGGGACCUAUGGGAUGAAAUCACAUUUUUUAAAGAGAUGAUCUUUUCUCAUUUUGGAGGCUGAGGUGGUAUCUUUAGAAUGUGCCCUAAAAUAAACUGUUCCCUGCCCCUGCC